GUUCACGCAGUGAGGGAGAACCGAGUCAUAAACGCAGUGGAUCAUAUGCCGACAGAUCACCCCACGUUUUUACACUGAUACACACUAGUAUAUGGUAGGAUAAAGCAAGGCUUUAGUUUCGUCUUAAUUCUGUGGCACCACCUGAACGUCGAUGUGCAACUGUUUAUUUAAAUUCAAAAUGAGAAAGAUCCUAAUUAUUUUUGCAGUCAUUUUGCAUUAGAUUAAGUUCUCAACGAAUCAGAAACCCUAAAUUUAUACAGACAUAUAAGCUUGAUUUUGCCACACAUCAGUUGUCAUAAACAUCUUGGGAAUGGAUGUGAACGCUGAGGCCAGCAUUCCCACUGCUGCCCCUGGUGCAGUGGAGGAAGAACAGCAACGGCAACAAUCAGAGCAAGAGACCAGUCAGCAACCUGAUACAAAGUCGGACCUCACCGCCAACACCUCACAGCCAGUCAAGACCGAGCAACAAGAUCCACCCCCCACCACAACACCUAGCCCCGCUGGAGACCCCGCCCCCUCUCAGGAUGCCCCACCCAGAGAUCACCUGACAGUCAUCGACGAGAAUAUGGAAACAAGUAAUGGUGUUUGCCCUGGUCCUAUCGAAAGGUCUCCGAGCGCUGCUUCUCCUCCUCGUCAGCAGCACGCCAAGCCCAACCAUGCGCACGCAAAUGGGCGAGCCAGGCUGAGCAGCCGCUCCGGGUCAGUGAGUCACGCCGGGUCACCUCGACCGUCACUCACCCGACAGCCCAGCGCAGCCACUGAUGUUGGAGAUGGACCCAAACCCAACGAUUAUCUCAUAUGGGCGAUUCUGGCCUGCCUCUGCCCUGUCUGGCCCAUUAACAUUGUCGGCUUGACCUUCUCAGUCAUGUCUCGAAACAGUCUGCAGCAGGGCAAUGUGGAUGGUGCGCGUCGUCUGGGCCAGAAUGCAAAAAUCCUGUCCAUCGUGUCAUUGGUGGGUGGGAUUUUCAUCAUUAUUAUUACUAUCGUCAUCAACUGGGGUGUAAUACUUAAGACCUGAUGGCCGUCGCGACACUCAAGACAACAACCAAUCCAUGAUGACCAUUUUCUUCUUCAUCUCUCUACAUCUGAAUGCUCCUGAAUGCUUUUUCAGUUGUUUUGUACUCUAUCUGAAGACUCUGAAGCUGGAUGUUACAUUUAUCUUCUAUCGUGCCAGAACUAUCAAAAACAACAUGGACUCUUCAGCUCUUCGAAUGCCUGGAAUCACGAGCAAGGCAUGCAUGUUUGUUUUUUUUGUUUUUUUUCAACAAAGGACUCAUCGUUUGAGAUGAUAUCAGUAAGGAGACCACACAUAUGAUCUUAUUUCAUUUGUCAUGCACCCCUUGAGGAUGUGAGGGAGGAAAAGAAUGAGAGGGAGUUGGAGGGGAUUUGGUUCUCGACAAAGAUUAGAAGUAUUUUUUAUGCACAAGCUGAUUUUAGUAUCCCUGUUCAGAAGUGUGAAUCUAUAAAGACAAGCUCAGAUUAAAAUGUAAUCGAUUAUAUAAAACAGCAGAUGGCUUCCGAGUUGGCAUCCAUCCACAGAUGAGUCCAAUUACUUUAAGAGCUGCUCUAGACACACUUUCAUC